CACAUACACUCGUUCAUCAAUUAUGUGGCCGUGUGCCGUCGGUGGAGGAUAAUAGUGGUAGACCCGAAAUACCUAUCGUUGUCGUCGUUUGCCGCCGUGUUGUUUAUUGUGUUUACGCAAAAAUAAUGUUAUGUUAUCGGCCGCCGCGGUGUUAAUUAUCGUCGUCGACCGUGUUUAUUGUGCGUCCCGUGUUCGCAUUAAUCAUUGUUAUUAUUAUGUAACGGAAUCGGCCCGCCGGACCCUGCUGGCGUUUUGCGAAACGGUGGAUAAAACGUAAUUGAAUGUAUGGUGUAUGCUGCAGACUGGAAGGCACCGUGGAUUCUAUACCACAGGGCCUAUUAGACGGCCGCCCUGCCAGCUCUCUAGUUCUUACUCAUCAUCAGUAUCAACAAUUACAGCAUAUUCAAGCACAGCAAGAACAGGCUGCUACUGGGGGGCAAUUGACUCUUACUUUACACCAUCAAACUUCAGGUACAGGAACUAACGGAGUGCUCUCAGGGACUCCGCAACUAGUUUUGGCAAGUUCUCAAGGACAAGGAUUAUCAUCUUUUCCUUCUGGAAGUUCACAACAAGCUGCUACAUUACAUCAACAUACAAGCAUUCAACAAGUACUUCAUCAACAUGUUCAACAUUCAAAUAUUCUCCAUUCAACAAGCAUACGACAGAUGGGUGCCCAACAGCACACUUCUGGUACAAUGGUUCAACAACAACAGGCUACUGCCAUAUUGGACACUACAAAUUCUAAAUGUAUACCACCUUCACCUGGGUCACCAUUUUCUUCUCGAUCACUUACACCGUCUCCUCAACAAAGGGUUAUUACACCUCAGCCUCAAGUCAUUCAUCAGGUGAUGAGUGCUAAUGGACCAGUUUUACAGUUUAUUCAGCCAAAUAGCCGAAAUAAUGUAAAUAAUAUACAAGUUAAAAGUAAACCACCGCCCCAAAUAUUGCCUAAACCAAUAGGUAGCAAUAAUGUACAGAAUCAUACUAAUAUUAAUAGCAUAAAAACACAUCAGUCACAUCAUUCAACUUCAAUACAUAGUCAACAAGGUGCUUUUUUAAUAAAUCAAAUUAUGCCUACUGCUGGUGUUUUAGUUGGACCUCAGGCUACUGGAGGUCUUCAACUAAUUCUUCGUUCUCCUAAUACACAACAAACAAACAGUCAGCAAGUAACAUGUAACGGUACUCAAAUAUUACUUCAACAGCCAAGACAACAGUCAAAUCAAGUUGUUAGAUUAGUAAGUGGUCAAAGUGUUCAACUGCAGCAAAUUCAAACAUGUUCCGGUCCUGCAUUAGUUGCAUUACCAGCAACCACACCUCCUUCUACUAUUACCCCUCCAUUAUCAAAUAAUCGUUCUAUGAAUAUAAAAAAGAAAAAACCUAAGAUUCAGUCUAGGCCACACGAUGAUGAACCAGUAAGAUUAGAUUUAGCAAAUCUUAUUAAGCUUUCUGGUAUCGAUGAAGAAGAUUCAAUAGCUCCUAUGAUUCAACAAUCUCAAAUCAACCAAACAAAUAAAUUGCAACAAACAUCAACACCUCCACCUAACCAAAACAUUCAACAGAAUACUCCUUUAUUAGCUCAAAUUCAUACUCCUACAUCUUCAUCUCAGGGUGGUUUUCGUUUAUCUUUAGGAGAAGAUGGACGAAUGAUAGUACAUCAACCACAAAUUACUACCAACACUUUGACACAGAGUGUUUCUGCUAGUGUUGCAGCUGCAGCCCAAACUCAAUUAGCCCAGUUAGUAGCUGAUCAUGGUGGCCAUAUACUUCAAAAUGCUGUAUUAAGUGUUUCAGGUGCUGAAUCAUUGCUUCUAAAAAGUGGAAAUACAAUGUUACCUCCACAGCCUCAAAAUGGUUCUGGAGUUCGUAUUUUAGCUGAUGUUUCUGGUCGUUUACAAAUUGUAACUGUGUUAGAACCUCAGUCGUUGCAGCAAAAUAUUUUAAAUGGACAACAUUUAAUGUUUCCAACAACUGGUACUCCUGUUAAUGUAGAAAAUCGGCAAAAUCAUCAACAAUUUGUUAUGUCAACACCAGUUGAUGACCAACAAAGCAAAGUUAUGCAGCAAAAUAACAGUAUCCGAGUCAUGCAUAGUAGUAGUACAAUGGUAUCAAGCUUAGAUCACCAACAAAGUAGUAGCAUUCAACUUGUAUCAAAUCUGUUGGAUAGCAGAGUACUUGUUGCUAACAAUGAUACUUCUUCUAAUAAUGAUAUUGUGUAUAAUGAAGAACAAAAUCGAUUGCAAAUAGUCACAAAUUCAUCAACAUUAAAUAAAAAUGUAGAAAUUCAAAAUCAACCUCCUAUAAUACAUACAUCUGAAAGACUAAUGCAAACUUCAGUAUCUAGAUCUAAAACUGUACCAGUAUCUACUCAUAGUCCUAGAAGCAUACAAUCUGUGAUAAGCCCUCAGUGUAGCCCAGCUAUGUCCCAUACUUCAAGAAGCAAUUCUAAAAGUCCUGCCUCGUACAAUUCUCCAAUACCUUCACCAAAUGUUCCCCAGUCAUUUACACCAAUGUUGCCAAAUCGACCUAAUUUAACUAUUGUUACUUCUCCUCAACAAACUCACAUGCAGUUUUCAAAACCAUGUGCUGCUGUAAUAUCACAGUCAAAUGAAAACCACAUGGUGUUAACUAAUUACCAAACGUCUGUAGUUAAUAGGCCUCAUAAUAAAAGCCCAGUAGCAAUUUCAUCAAAAACAUUUCAACCUAAUAGUCCAAAAUCAUCAAUUCCACCAGAAGUUCAAUCUCAAAAUGCAUUUCUAGAUAGUAUAGCUCAAUCCCAUCCAAAUAUAUUGAUUAACAAAACAAUGGUUGUACCACCAUGUGCUAAUAAAACACCAAUUAAACCCAGAAAAGUGAAACGAGCAGCUGUUGUAAAACCAAUGGUAUUUCAAUGCGAUGAAAAAGAAAAAGAGCAGUGUAGUACACCUAUUCCAUUAAAUUCACCAGAAAGCAGUAUUUCUAACCAGAGAGUAAAAACUAUUCAGCUGACGCCUCAAAAACAACAACUUUUGAAGUCUAUUCAAAAUCAAAUAUCUGCAUUGGGCGCUAAGAAGUUUCGCACAAAUAAUGAGCAAAUGAUUCUUCAAAAAUUAUUUAAUGAACAACAAAAAAUUUUACAAUGUGGUAAAAUUGUUCCUACGUUGUCUGGACAAAAUUCACAAGGAAUCACUUAUGUGUCUACACCUGUGAGAUUGGUUCCUCCUCCUUGUGCUAUGAUGUCUAGUCCACCUCACACCACAUCACCACCACUUACAAUUCAGUCUUCAUCUAUUGUCUCACCAUUAACAAGCAACAAAGCAACUUCUCCCCUUCAUGUACAAGUGGGAACUCAGACGUCUUGUGAACCUUCUCCAGUACCCCCAACUUUUAGUGCUGCAAAGCGAAUAUCAUUAAUUUCAGAGAGGUUAGAAGCAGAUCAAUUAGGAGCAACCAAUCCUGAUGUUAAUACACCUUUUAGUUCAAGAAGUGAUGCAGUAAAACGAUUAGCACGUUAUCAUUGUUUAAAUGAUGCUGUAUUAUCCGAAAGAGAUUUAGAGUUGGCUGAUGAAAUAUUUGAAUCAACUGCAAAACAUUUAUUAGAUAAAAAAGCAUCACUAUUUAAUAAAUACCGUUAUCUUUUAUUAAAAGAAAGCAUGCGAGAAGUUCAAACUUCUGAAUUGAUAAUGUUGGGGCGAAUAAUUAGUGCUGACGAGUCUGGGCAGUUGCAGCAAUUAAAACAAUCAAAUACUGCAUCAGUUUCUUCAACUAGUGUAGCUAUAAGCUGUACUGAUGAACAACUAUCUAAAAAAAGAGAACAUCCUGUUGAUGAAGAACAAACAUUAACAGAAUAUAAUAAACGUCAGUGUCCUGAUGAUGAAGAAAUAAAUGCCCAAGUGCAAAAUGCCAUAGACAGUAUUUUAAAUUUACAGCGCAGUGAUCCAGCAACAGAUGAAGCAGUUCGUAGUAUUUUACCGUCCUAGCACUUGGUAUCAUGAAGUGUUUGACCACACAUAAUAAAUAUAAAAUUGGUUCCUUAAUGUAUGGGUUUCCUAAACAUAAUAAUGAUAACAUUUGACUGUGUUAAUAUUUAAAUAAAUUUAUUUUUAUUUCUUCAUUUAUUAUCACUUUCUAUAUGUAAGAAUCUUACAUUUAAAAGUUGAAAAAAAAACUUUUAAACAUUAUAAAACUGUUAAGAUAGAUAUUUAAGUUAGCUGUUAGUAUAAGGAUGAGCCUAAAAACAAAUUUAGACUGAUAAAGUAUGACAUUUUUUAUUUGCCAAUUAAAUAAAUCAAUUUAAAAUCUAGUCACUUAAACAUCACAAAAAUUGUAAAAAUCAUAUAAUAUUAUAGAUAUCAUUUUUAGAAUGUAUUUAAAAAGACUAAAAUAUGAUUAAAAAUUCUGAUACUGAAUAGUUUUCUUGUAUAACAAUGUUGUAUAAAUUACUUUAAUUGCCUAAAAUUAUAUUAAUUACAAGUUAUCAAUCUUAAUUUUUUACUCUAAUUACUUUAUCUUUUAUAUCUUACAGUGUUUCUUCAUUCUCAUUUUUUUCUAAAUUAUUUUUAUUAUAAAAUUUUGUAGUUAUUAUUAUUAUAAUUUUUUUUAAUUUAUUAAUUAUCACUUAAAAUAUCAAAUUAAUUUAAUUGUUUUCCAUAUACUAUCAAGCUUCAGUUAUUAAAUUAUAUACAAUUUUGUAAAACAAGAAUUAUUCAAAUUAUGACUGUUUUCUUGUUUUUGGAAAAAUAAUUAUAAACAUUUAUGAUUAAUUCAACUUGCACUUCAUUCAUGAAUUAUCAUAUUACUCUCUUAGAAUUUUUUUUAUUAUAUCAUUCUUUUCGCGGCUCAUCCUUGCGUACUUGCACAGAAUUCAUAGUUUUUCAAUUUACAUUAGUUGAUAUAAUAUGAAACAUCACUCAUCAUUAAUUUAUAUAUAGCCAACUAUUUUUAAAUAUUAUUUAUAUUCGGUUAUAUGUCUUUAUACAUUUAAACUAUUUCAAUAUUUUCUUCUGGCAUCUAUCCUUGUAUUAUUUUAAGUGUAUUUUUAGUAUAAACUGUUGAAUAAUUUUAACAAGUCGUACCUAAUUAUAUGUAUAACUAUGGAACAUUUAAAAUGACUCUUUAUAAUUUUGAAAUCUUCUGUAAAUUAAUGACCAAUAAACUUAAAAAUAAGUGAACAAGUUAAAUACAUACUAUUUUGGAGUAAAAAUUUUUGUUUAUCACAAUUUAUUUAUUUUAUUAGUUACCAAAAAGCAUUUGUAUAUUGAAUCGUAAAUCAGCAUUUGUACUUUUUUCAUUGACAAAUUUGAUUUAAUUUAACUAUUGUGUAUUAUUUAUUAACUAAAACAUAUGUAUUUUUUUUCUGUAAUAACAGAAAAAUUCCACAGGGUAUAUUCACCUAUUUUAAAUAUUUUAAUAAAUCCACUUUAGUCAAGUGUACUUAAAUAGAAAAAAAAUUAUUCAACUCGCUGAGUAAAUAGUAUUUUUGCAUGUAUAGUUAUUUCUACUAUAUGUAUUGUAUAAGAUCUCAUCGGCACAAAUACAUUACAUUUGAGCAAAAAUCUGUAUAUUGGAAUAAAAACAUUUCAUUCUGCCAUUUUUAUUUUAUUUAAUUUUUUGUAAUUAUAGUUACUUAUUUUGUAUAAAUUUGUUUAAUUUUAAGUUAACUUUCUAUAAUUUAUUAUUGUGCUUAAUAGUUCUUUGUUUGUAUAUAACUAUUUUAAUAUUAAAUUGUGAAUUAUUGUAAUAAAAUUACAUAUUUGACACUUAAGUUAUUAGAUUAUA